CCACGUUGUUCCUUAUGAUUCGAAUUUAUCGUCUUCUUGCCUUUUACCAAUUGGAAGAAAAUCUCCCCUCCGGGCCCCUCCCAUUUUCCCUCCGCACUGGGCGGAAAUAAUACCACACACGCCGUCCUCCGCCCCUAUUCCGCCGGAAAAUUGCGGACAUUCUAAUAAACUUCCGACCAAAAAUGGUUAUGUGGGUAUUCGGAUACGGCUCUCUUAUUUGGAAAACUGGCUUCCCUUUUGACGAAAAAUUACCCGGCUGUAUCAAAGGCUACCGCCGUGUCUUCUAUCAAGGAAGUACUGAUCAUAGAGGAACUCCUGAGUUUCCUGGAAGAACUGUCACAUUGGAGGCUGCGGAAGGGGAAGUUUGUUGGGGUGUUGCUUACAAGAUCACCAAAAAGGAGGAUAAAGAAACUGCACUAAAUCAUUUGGAAGUGAGGGAGAAACAAUAUGAUAGAAAAGAAUAUGUGGAUUUUUUCACCGAUCCCAUGGCUACCACCCCUAUUGUUUCUGGAGUAAUGGUUGUUGUGAGUUCUAUGUCACAGGUAUAUUGCAUCCCCAGACAAGAAGCUAAACAAGAAUUACCUUGGCCCUGCAUCUAUCGAGGAGAUUGCCAAACAGGUGGUUUGUGCGGAAGGGCCCUCAGGACCAAACAAGGACUACAUUUUUCAACUUGAAAAGUCUCUUCUUCAGUUUGGAUGGGAAGAUAAACAUGUAAUGGAUCUAGCAAAUGAAGUCAGAAGGCUUCUUUCAGAUGGUAAACAGACUGCUGCUUAGCGUCCAACCUCGACGAAAAGCUUUCGCAAGCUCGAUAAAUCUGUAGAUAACUUGAGGCUCUGGAAUAAUUGAUAGCCUAACUCUGAUACUUCAUCACAUCAGAAGAUGGUUAGAUGCAUCUUUAUUCAAUUAUUGCUGUCUCCAAUGGCAAGUAAAGGUGGAAAUUUUCGGAAUUUUAAUUGUACCUGAGAUUUUUUUUGUCUAAAACGUUGAAUUAUCAAGUUAAAAACUUGACACCAUCCAACGAGCAUAUAAACUUUAACAUCUAA